CUAGGUUACAAAAUACCCUCCUAUGCUUGAGAUCCACAGACUACAUGUCCUACAAGAACAAAUCAAUGAUUUUUCAUCUCCUGGAGAUACAUUAGAAACAUAAAUAUGGUGCCAAAAGAUCUCCUUAAUUUUCUCUGACUACGGUUUAUUUGGAUGUAGUUUUGUAUCGAAGAGAAAUAUACGGACUGAGGCUACUUGUGCAGAGACUCUGUCGUGUAGGAUCAUGGACCAUCCUAGUAGGGAGAAGGAUGAAAGACAACGGACAACUAAACCCAUGGCACAAAGGAGUACCCACUGUCCCCGACCUUCUGGCUCCUCAACAUCCUCUGGGGUUCUUAUGGUGGGACCCAACUUCAGGGUUGGCAAGAAGAUAGGGUGUGGGAACUUCGGAGAGCUCAGAUUAGGUAAAAAUCUCUACACCAAUGAGUAUGUAGCUAUCAAACUGGAACCAAUAAAAUCACGUGCUCCACAGCUUCAUUUAGAGUACAGGUUUUAUAAACAGCUCGGCAGUGCAGGUGAAGGUCUUCCACAGGUGUAUUACUUCGGACCAUGUGGGAAAUACAAUGCCAUGGUGCUGGAGCUCCUUGGCCCUAGCUUGGAGGAUUUGUUUGACCUCUGUGACCGAACUUUUACUUUGAAGACGGUGUUAAUGAUAGCCAUCCAGUUGCUUUCUCGAAUGGAAUAUGUGCACUCAAAAAAUCUCAUUUACCGAGAUGUGAAGCCAGAGAACUUCCUGAUUGGCCGACAAGGCAAUAAGAAAGAGCAUGUUAUACACAUUAUAGACUUUGGCCUGGCCAAGGAAUACAUUGACCCUGAAACCAAAAAACACAUACCUUAUAGGGAGCACAAAAGUUUAACUGGAACUGCAAGAUAUAUGUCUAUCAACACGCAUCUUGGCAAAGAGCAAAGCCGACGGGAUGAUUUGGAAGCCCUAGGCCAUAUGUUCAUGUAUUUCCUUCGAGGCAGCCUACCCUGGCAAGGACUCAAGGCUGAUACAUUAAAAGAGAGAUAUCAAAAAAUUGGUGACACCAAAAGGAAUACUCCCAUUGAAGCUCUCUGUGAAAACUUUCCAGAAGAGAUGGCAACCUACCUGCGAUAUGUCAGGCGAUUAGACUUCUUUGAAAAACCUGACUAUGAGUAUUUACGGACCCUCUUCACAGACCUCUUUGAAAGGAAAGGCUACACCUUUGACUACGCCUACGAUUGGGUCGGGAGGCCUAUUCCUACUCCAGUAGGGUCAGUUCACGUAGAUUCUGGUGCAUCUGCAAUUACUCGAGAAAGCCACACACACAGGGACCGGCCAUCACAACAGCAGCCUCUGCGAAAUCAGACUGCAUCGUCAGAGCGCCGAGGAGAGUGGGAAAUCCAGCCCAGCCGGCAGACCAAUACCUCGUACCUGACGUCUCACUUGGCUGCAGACCGCCAUGGGGGAUCAGUGCAGGUGGUUAGCUCAACCAAUGGAGAGCUGAAUGUCGAUGACCCCACGGGAGCCCACUCCAAUGCACCAAUCACAGCUCACGCCGAGGUGGAGGUAGUCGAGGAAGCUAAGUGCUGUUGUUUCUUCAAGAGGAAAAGGAAGAAGACUGCCCAGCGCCACAAGUGACCAGUGCCUCCCAGGAGUCCUCAGGCCCUCGAUUGCACCUGCAGCUCCUGCCAUUUUUCACUGGAAGGGACUCCUCUGUGGGGGAGGGUGGAGAUCCAAACCAAAAAGAAGAAAACAGAGGCCCCCAGAAGGAGCCAGUGUGGGCAGCCAGGGCCCGGGGGCGGGGGGGGGGCUGGUCAGUGGCCACCGCCACCUGCCUAAAGCUCUGAGCAGGUCCCAGAGCGGCGGCCCGUCCACUGCUUGCCCCUGCGGCUGCCUGGUUGACUCUCCUUCCUAUUGUUUACAGUGAAGGUGUCAUUCACAAAAACUCAAGGACUACUAUGCUCUUCCCUCGUGGUAGUUUACUCCUGGUUCUUGCCCCACCCUCAACCCUCUCCAGCAUAAAAGCUAGUGCAUUAAAGGCUAUGUCUGCUGAAGGAACUCCAGAGGGUGGGGGUGUGGCCAAGAAGGCAAGGGGAAGAUGGCAGGCCUGGGCGGGAGAAGAACCUUCUCCAACUACCAGGUGUGCCUGGCAGUAAGGCUCCCUCCUCCUCUGUGCCUGUGCAGCCUCCAUCCCCAGCUGGCCACGGGGUGCAGGUUCCUCCCUCCCUCCCUUCUUCCUGUGAAGUUACACUGUCGGACACAAGCUGUGAGAAAUCUGCAGUCUACUGUCCCCGCGUGUUGGCAUUCUUCGCUCUCUUGACAAGCGAACUCUGUUCUCCAGACGGUAGUAGGACAAUGCAAAUUGUUCUGAUCAAAGGAAAAAAAACUGACUUUAUUGCACUUUUAGUUGUUUUUUGUUUUGUUUUGUUUUUUAACAAAAAACACAGCAGAUGCAU